AUGCAACGUGGCUCAGUAUUGAUAUUUUAUUCGGAGGAAAUUAUAUCUCAGAAGAAAUUAGUAUGCCAGCAUGGUUUUACGAGUGAAGAGGAUGCACCGUGCACAUCGCUGGCAAAAGAGCCGAUCGUGUUCUGUGGUCUUCGUUCUGCUGCUUGCAUGAUUCUGUUCGGUGAUGCAGUGCACAAUUUCAUCGAUGGAGUAGCGGUAGGAGCUAGUUUCGCACUUUCUUCACGACUUGGUCUAACAACCAGUGAUUUCGCCGUUUUAUUGGAAAGUGGUUUGUCAGUGCGUAAAGCGUUAUCACUGAACUUGCUGUCGGCUUUAACUGCGUUCGGAGGUCUCUUUGUGGGACUGGCCGCGAUCAGUGUUGAGAAUGCAGUGGAGUGGUUGCUGGCACUGACCGCAGGAAUGUUCCUGUAUGUGGCGUGGCUGGAUAUGGUCAGUGGCUGA